AUGCCUCCUGUGGCUCACCCAGCGUCCCCUAGGGGUGCCCAACCCGACAAGAUUGCAUCGUUCACAACCUUCUCGCAGAACCUCCUGAAGCGCCUACCGUCCGCCAAUGACCCCCUCGCGAUCGACGCACUGCUCGCCGAGCUGAAACCGCACCUAGAAACGAUCAUCAACUUCCACACAGCAUCGAGGGCAAGGACACAGCGGGGCGAACUGGACAAGAAAGGGACCGAACUGUGGAACGUUUGCACCAGGCUACGCCGCAACGAUGUCGCCGGCGUGCCACCGACAAAGAAGAAGCUUUUACUUCGGAGCAGAGUCUAUGCGUUUUUCAUGAUCUCUGUUGCGAGAGGCGCCGUCUCUGGCGCGAAGCCGCAGAUGGCGGAUGCGGUGCACCUGACGAAACUGAUGCUCAAGGCCGGGAGGAUGUGCAUUGACGACGAUAGCAUCACAACCAGUACGGGCACGAUGAAGCUUGUCAAUGCCAUCUUCUCAAAAGGAGCGGGAUACGUCACGGCACUGGGCGAGCUCCAGAAAACAAUGCUUAGGCCUGACGACUUGAUUGAGUGCAAACGUCUAGACACUGAAUACUACAUACUUCGCACGGCACUGUUGACCGCCCAGGCCUGGAAGGAGGACAACCUCACCGUCGCCGAGUUCAUGUACAAUAAGGGCCACCUCCAGCCGCAAUCUUUGGACCCAACCUCCGCCGAGAAAAUGACCGAGGUUCUGUUUGAGAUGGGCAAGGACCUCUCCAAGAGGGGUGAUUUCCCCAUGGCGGCGCGGUGGCUCGAACGAGGCUACAACACCAUCAACGCCCAGGACCUGGGCCACCUCUCCCGCGACGCCAUCGAGCUGCGUCUCGCCGUCUGCCAGGCCCUGGUCCACGCGCUGCUAGGAAUGAACACGCAAGACUCUUCUCAAAGGGCGUUUGAGCUGGUCAACUACGUCGAGAACGAGAUCGGCGACAAGCCCGUGGUGCUGCUCCUCCGGCUCGAGCUCCUGCAAAAGGCGCCAGCCGAAGUAUUUGACGUCGAGGCCUAUGCCAACAUCCUGAGGCGUAUGGUGCAGGCUUUCAACUUCUCCGAGGCCUACUUCAAGCUGCUCGUGCAUCACGCGCGGAAACUGCACGACAAGAGCCCAACGCAGGCGACCAGUGUCGUGGAUGGAAUGCUCAUGGGUGCAGUCGUCUCUUCAGGACGCGAUGAAUGGGUUGAGAGAUUGGUGCUUCUGAGGAUUUGGAUGGAGAUAAACCAGAGGGAUAGUAUGAAGGCCAUCGAAGGGCUGACGGCUGUCUUGGAGGGGCUUCAGGAUGACCUUGAGAAGCCUUUCGGGGCAUCUACAGCGGUCGGGGCUUGGACACUACUAUGGAAGAAGAUCGAGGUCAACUACAACCAAGGCCACUUCGAUUUCGCCGAUGGUUGGUGCCAGAUCGCGCUGCAGCCCCUUUUCCAGAACGGUGGACCUGCGAACUUGUCAAGGCUCGGCAGGAAGCUCCUUCUCUGUGCCCUGGGGCGGAACGACACCGAGAGGGCGCGGCAAGUAUUCCACAACAUGUCGGAAGCAGCGCGAAACGAGCCGAUGACGCGGUACCUAAUGUACAAGGUCGCGCUCCGCUCAGCAGACCGCGAACUGGCAGCAGAGUGUGUUGAACGGAUCGGGGUUGCGGCCGUACAAGAGCCCGACUUCCUCUACGCUUGCGUCUUGGAGGCGCAACAGGCGGGGGAUAGGGUGUGCGCGAUGCAGGCCAUGAAACAGCUGGCCAAUAGAUUCGAGUUCAGCGAAGCAUCUCCUAUACACUUUCCUGCGCUUUUACGGUGCAACAUCCGGCUUGCCGUGUCGAUCAUGGAGAGCGAGAAGGACGCUGUAAGACGCAAAGCGGCGGUGGAGGAGAUUCUCGCGUUGUUUGAAACAGCGUCCAAAGCAAUCCAUCGAAACCCAAAGGACAAGGACGGCAACCGCCUCUUCACGGUGAAGGAGCUCGAUUGGUUUUGUCAGAACGCGUGCAACCUCGGCCUCAAGUAUUCGGACAGCUGGGACGUGGAGCAGCUCGUCCGUCUGUACGACAGCUGCCUCGCCAUCACGAAACACUACCCUCCAGACAUCCCCGCCGAGGCAGCCAGCGACCUCGCAUUCAGGACCAUGUUCUGCCACUUCGUCGCCGCUGCCGCCCUCGUCUCUCUCGCCCGCGUCGAGGACAACGUCGAGCGGCAGCUACAGCACUACCUUGACACGCGGCGGCACGUCAAAGCGUACAACGACGCGCUGGAGGAGCGUAUGAGCGGGCUGGACAAGAGGCUGAAGACCGACCUCGUCGCAAAGCUGGCAACGUUGAUGGUGUUUGACUUUGAGGCGGCGAUGGCGCUAAAGGAGCAUGAGGUCCUCGGAUACAUUAUCCGCACGGCAAAGACGUGCCGAGAUGUGAAUGCGCUCAAGGCCAUGGGCGACAUUGCUUUGCGCGGCAAACUUCCCGGCCAAGAGCUCUACUCCACGCUGGGCGUCAUCGUCAAUGAGAUCUGGGAGCUCGAGAGGAUCAAGGGCGACCGGCUGGCAAAGUACAUCCGGUGCAUGUUCCACGCCGUGCUGCCGCUCGACGCGGCGCUGGGGCAGAGGCUGAUGAAGCAGGCCGUCGACGUGGCGAGGGAUGCCCGCGGUGGCCAGCACCCGUUCCCGCCCGAGGAGCUCGAGUGGCUCGUAGCCAUGUCCUUUAAUCAGGCGGUCGACGCCUACAACGCCCGGCAGGACGACGAGUGCACCAAGUGGGCGGAACUGGCGAUGAACCUGGCGCACUAUGCCGACGACGGCGGCGCGCUGGAGGCCAUGUUGCAUGAGAACUGGGCGAAACUGAAGCUUUGA